AUGACUUCUGUCUCCCGGAAUGGGCUCGUCUGGGACGAAAGCGGACUGGACAUCACGCCAGUAUGGAACAGAGAGCUGUCAUUGGAAGCCAUCACAAACGUAUGUCGAGAGAAGCUCCAGGUAGCGGGUUCGGAAAUCUGUGAUGUUUCCUUCUACGCCGCAGGAGCCUUCAACAAGCUCUAUCUAGUCCAGACAAAUCAACGGCAGCUGCUAAUGAGAGUAUCGUUGCCUGUUCACCCACAAACUAAGACCCGGGGUGAAGUCACGACGCUCCGGUUUCUCCGCCGAGAGACAGAUACCCCCGUGCCCGAAGUUAUCGCAUUUGACGACUCAUGCAACAAUCAAAUUGGGUUUGAAUGGAUUCUUAUGGAGUUGAUGCCGGGUGUUUCAGCAUAUAAGAAGUGGCGGACGUUUACCACAUUCCAAAAAGUGGCCCUUGUCCAACGUGUAGCUGAGCUACAAGCACAAAUUUUCCAUCAUACAUUUUCUGGUAUCGGAACUCUGACUGUGGGUGAUGAAGACCAGAACCACCAAGAAGAACAACCAGGAGAGAUGGUUUCGAAGUUUUACUUCUGGGGUAACCAUUUUGAUUAUGACGUUGCCCGUGGACCGUUUCGUUCAACUUAUGAUUGGCUUGCCUCAUAUCUCGAGAUCAUCAUCAAAGAUCAAAUUACGGCCAAAGAAGAAGCUGAAGACGAGGAAGAUGAAGAAGACGCUUCAUUUGCGUUAGCGCUCGCUCAUCGAUUGGCCGAUCUACUUCCUAAAGUAUUCCCUUCGCUCCAGAAUCCACCCGAACGAUCCGUGAUAUGGCACGACGAUAUGUCACUCAGCAACAUUCUAGUCAAUGAGCAAGGUGAGAUAACCGCAUUGCUUGACUGGGAAUGUGUGUCAGCCUUGCCACUGUGGAUGGCUACCGAAGUGCCCAAAUUCUUACAGGGAUCAACGCGGGAGGAAGAACCAAAGCGGCAAGACUAUGCAGAUGAAAGCGAGAACGAGUCCAGCAUGCCUGGAGAUAAUGAAGAUGACGACCUGGAUCAUGAAGGGAAAAAUGAACUGUAUUGGAUUCAUUUGAUGGAGUACGAAAAGACUCAAUUGAGACAACUCUACAAUACCCAAAUGUGCAAAUCACGACCAGGUUGGGAUGCUGAGAUUGAAAAAAACGCAUUAAAGGAGGACUUUGUCGGAGCAGUCUUUCGUUGUGGUCAAGGCUUCUUUCUCAAAAGGAUUGCGCAGUGGAUUGAUGCAAUAGAUAAAGGCCAAUUCCCAAGGUUGAAAGAUGUCCUAGAGACAGGCUUGAGGUUAUAG